AUGAUUAUAGAAGCACCGGAAUCAUUGCGAACAUGGCUUACUAGAGAAAUGGCUCCAAUAUGUGAUGCUGAACCAGCAGCUCUUGCCAAGUAUGUACUGGCACUAUUACGUAAGGAUAAACCGGAAUCAGAGUUGAUGGAAUUCUGUAUUGAACAACUCGACGUUUUCUUGCAAACAAAAGCAAGACCUUUUGUGGAAAAACUGUUUCGUAUCAUCAGAGAACGUAGCUAUAUAACAACUACUACAACAACGUCAGCUACCGCCCCCACGAUACAAUCAAAAAAUUCCUUUGCAAUGUAUGAAAAAAAGAAGGAUACCGAUGAGCGAAAAGAAAUGAAAGAGAAAAGAGAAGGCGUCAAGAGAAAGACUACCAGUCAAAGUGACAAAGAAAGGGAACAACUAAAAGCUCGAGAUGAAAAAGAGAGUGAAAAGAUUUCCGUAUCUGAAGUAGUUCCGGGAUCACCUCAAAAAACAGCACGAAAAAGAAUCUCGCCUCCAAUAGAUGUUCCUCAACACGAAGAGUCCCGUCGCGAUCAUUCGGCAAAUCGGCUCGAAAGGCGACGUAGCCGAUCACCACGUGAAAGACGAUUGGAACGGGGAGAUCGAAACUUGGACCGACGUGUAGCACCUCCGCCUACACGACUGCAACACUGGCAACAGGACCGAUAUAAAACUGACCGUACAGAACGACUAGAACGCAAACGUUCUCGUUCACCGCGUUCUCCUUAUGAAAGACAAAGGCGCGAAAAAAGUGGUGAGCCAGAAAUACGAAAAAAAAAACGUUGUCGUGACUAUGAUGAGAAAGGGUAUUGCAUGAAAGGAGAUCAAUGCAUUUAUGAUCAUGGACCUGAUCCAGUCGUUGUAGACGAUAUUGCUCUAGAAAAAAUGGUCACCAAUGGAGCAAAACCUGCCAUAACUCAGAUUGCGACCAAUUUCUCGGUGCCACCACCUGGUUACACACCGUUGAACCCACCACCGCCUGGUGUUGACAGUGUAUAUGCUACGAAUUCGGGUGCUGUUGUAUCAGGCACUCUUUCCGAAGGAUAUAAUCCUGAAGCUCCAGCACUGAGUGCUUCUUCAAUACCAAUUGUAGCAGCAGCACAUUCGCUAGAUUUCUCGGUACCGCCACCACCGAUCCCUUCAGUUGUAGUAAAUCAGCCUUGGAGACCAACAACUUAUACAGUACCUGCUGUGUCAUCAUCUGUAUUAAUUCAUCCUGCAACCAAUACAUAUGACCCAACGCAUUCCCCCACUACUGUUCCGUCGCACAAUGUCACACAGCUGACGACCGGCCAAAGGCAACGAGGAAGAGGAAAUGGUACUGGUAAUGCAGGAAGAUACAGUCAAAAUGUGGGAGCUGUGAACAGAACGCUUCAAGUGCGUAAGAUACCUGCGGAAUUAAACAACAUUGCAAAGCUGAACGAGCACUUUGGACAAUUUGGACACAUUGUUAAUAUGCAGAUUUGUUUCGAGGGUGAUCCAGAAGCAGCUCUUAUUACUUAUGCAAAUCGAUAUGAAGCAGUUGCAGCAUAUAAGAGUACAGUGCCAAUACUCAACAAUCGUUUCAUUAAAGUAUUUUGGCACAGUAUAAAUGGACAAGCAAAUAACAUUGUAAAUGCAAACCAGGCAGCACCAGUGAACAGUUCAUCUGUAACAUUUAAUGCGAGAGGUUCACUGACAAAGACAGUCCAUGUUGGUUCACGGUUGGCUGGUUCUGCUGUUAGGAAUUCACAAACACUGCAUAUAGCGAAUUCGCAGAAUAUCGAACCUCAAGCUUCCCGUUCAGCAGUCAGCCAGUCCCUGAUAGACAGAGAGAAAUACAUCGAAGUAAGACGUCGACGAAAGCAAGAAAAAGAAAACAGAAUGAGAUUAAUAGAUCUUCAGCGGAGAAAAUCUGAUCUUAUGUCCAAAGAAAUUGAACAGCAGAAAAUCAUACUAGAAAAAAUGAAAGCAGGAGACAUUGCUCCUGAAAAAAAGAAGAAGUUAUAUAAGAUUUUCAAAGGAUUGGAAUCAUCUGUCGCUAAAACAAAAGGAGAAAUUGCUGAGCUUAAUGAGACGUUGAUGAAAACACGAACCGGUUCCCAAGCAACGAAGACAGCUGAUAACGCGAACGGUUGCAGUGGUGCUGCGGAGUCUGUUAUUGGUGUGGAUCUUAUCGGUUCUGAUGCAGGUGAAUUAUCAAUCAGUGACAUGGUCCCUUCUCCGAAAAAAAUUCGUUUACAAGAUUCUUCACAGACCCUUGAUAAUCGUUCAAAAAUGGUUGUAGUACGCGGUUUUGAAGCAGGAACAGAAAAUGACGUUAUUAUUCAUAUGGAACAUUUUGGAGAAUUAGUUGAUAUGGAUUUUGGAGUUCCUGCACAAGAUAAAUCGCUUAUUGCUUAUUUUACCUACAAAAAAAGGCGUGAUGCUGAGCAGGCAGUGUCAUUAGGAGCAGACUAUCCUGUUGGACAUUUAAUAGUGGAAUGGGCCCCAAAACGUGGGGCUGAGGCGAGUGGUGUUAUUCCUGAUGAAAAGCGGCAACCGUCUGAGCGUGUUACUCCUGCUGCCUUGUUGGCGAGUUGUCCAUUGGAUGAGUCGGACGAUGAUGGCAAUGAAGAUUAG